AACUAUCUUAAACACUCUCUCUUGUUAGUUCUUUCUCAUUCUCCAACUUCGUUGAUUUCUCAUCUUCAUCUCUGCUCUCUUUCCAUAUGGCCGCCUGCUUGGCUCCGUCGCUCUCUGUAUCUGGGGGAUUGAUCAAGGCCUCAGACCUCUCCUCGAAGUCCAUUUCCUUUGGGCAAGCACCAAAACUCGCCAUCCAGAGGAAGUGCUCGAGAAGUAACCACAAGUUAUCAGUCCGUGCUGAGUACAAUGAUGGUGGUAGAAGUGGAGGUGGGGAGUUUGUGGCUGGUUUUCUUCUUGGGGGUGCUGUAUUUGGAACUUUAGCUUACAUUUUUGCUCCGCAGAUCAGGAGAUCUAUACUAAAUGAAGACGAGUAUGGUUUUAGGAGGGCUAGACGUCCAAUCUACUAUGACGACGGUCUAGAGAAAACCAGACAGACGUUGAAUGAAAAAAUAGGGCAAUUGAAUUCUGCCAUUGACAAUGUAUCUUCACGUCUGAGAGGUGGCAACAAGACUCCAGCUGUGCCAGUUGAAGCGGAUCCGGAGAUAGAAGCUACCAUGUAAAUACAAUUUAUAAUUGAACAGGUUUGAAAUUUCUACUUCUUAGAUACCAUAUCGAUGUGACAAUAUGCCAGUUAUUAAUUGGAAGAAUUUGGGAUUGAUCCAAGUUAAAAUGAUCGUUA